UUCAAGAGUUUGAUAUUGCAACUCAUCUGAACACCGCUCCGGAGCUGGUAGACAGGGUGUACAACCGCCCGACCAUUGCAACGUUACAGAAAGAGUCACUGAAAGGAGCUACUGAUCCUGCCCACCUAAAGAAAUUAGCCAAACAAAGGAAGAAUCAGUAUGACCUCCUGAAGCAGCGUAUUGAGCGAGAAAAGACAAUGUUUGUAAUUGCACAGAAAAUUCAGACACGCAAAGACCUUUUGGACAAAACACAGAAAGUGAAGGUGAAGAAAGAGACAACAAACAGUCCAGCUAUUUACAAGUUCAAAUUUCAGCGGAAACGUUAACUGUUCCAUGAAGUAAUUAAUGUAACCUUUGGUAGAAGAAGGAAGAUUGUCUUUAUGAAGUACUGAUAGGCUGUCAACAUCAGUCUGACUUCCAUUGCAGUCUAAUGCUGUGUCAAAACAAAUUACUGUGGGCCUUCUGUAGCUAUAAACAUGUAUC